AUGCUGGCGUUGACCAACGAGCACGACUUCGAUGGAAUGGUGUUCGAGAUCCCAGUCACGGCAGGGACGUUGGACAUGCUGCAGCAAAUGGGUCGGGCCUUCCGAGCAGCAGACAAGCUGCUGAUUCUUGUGCUGUCCAGAAGCACGAACGAGGGCGAGUUACCUGUGACGCACGAGCUUUUCGCUGAAUUGGCACCGUUGGUGCACCGCUUUUCCAUGAAUGCGUACGACUUUAGUGCUCCAGGGCCAAAUGCGCCGUACCCGUGGCUGAAGAAGACGCUGGAGAAAAUGUCUCCGAUGGAGCGACAGAGGAUUCUGCUGGGACUCCCAUUCUACGGCUACGACAAUGGAGAUGCGAUCACGGGAAGCACCUACAUCCAGUCACUGAAAGACAACGAUGUCUCCAAGAUUCGAUGGGAUUCCACGGCGCAUGAAUGCCAACACGUGUACACAGCACAAGACACGGGCAGCCACCAUGUAGUCUUCUUCCCUUGUCUGCAGUUCCUGCAAGACCGAUUGAAGCUGUACAAGGAGCGUGGUGUGGGCGUAGCGAUCUGGGAGCUAGGACAAGGACUGGACUUCUUCUACGAUCUGCUGUAG